UUUUUCAUUUAUAUCGCCAUACUUGGCGAUGACAGUCCUGUGUGUUUUAUAGCAGCAAUGCUUCUUUAAAUUAGUGUGUACAAACCAAGUGAAACAGUCAAAAUGCAGUUGUUCAAAGCAUUUUUGUGUUUUUUGACUCUCUGGUGUUGUGUUAAUGCAAAAUGUGUGAUGCGAGGUGAAUGUGUUGGUACAGAUGGAAAAAUAAAACCAUGCUUCGCAGACACCGAAGCAUUAUCAAUAAUUACUGGUGUAGAUGACGAAGAUGUUGAAAAUGUGAUAACGACAUUUGCAAGAAUUUGCCCGUCAUUUGUAAUCGAUGAUGAAGGAAACAGACUACCAGACGAUGAGAUUUUUACAUGUUGCUCAUCAGACCAAGUGUUCAGUAUGGCAGAAAGUUUAACACUCGCUGAGAGUAUUCUCGGUCGGUGUCCCACAUGUUUCAGAAAUUUUGCAAGGCAAAUUUGCGAAAUGAACUGUGCAGCCGACCAAUCACGUUUCGUGGAUGUAAAGUACCAGCCGGAUGCAGAUGGCAACUUAUACGUCAAUGAAAUAGACUACAGACUUCAUGAAGACUUUAUGUUGGGAGCCCAUUCGUCCUGCGCUGAUGUCGUAGUGCCGCAGACAGGCACAAAUGCUUUAAACAUGAUGUGCGGUAGUGCAGUAAAUUGCACAGCAGAAGCUUGGUUUUCAUUCACUGGAGAUACUCAAGCUAAUCCUAUAACACCGGUACAAGUCAAUUUCCAUAUGACGUCUGAUAAAGAAACUUCAAUGCACAAAGAAAUCUUACCUUGUGAUGAAACUUACGAAGGCGAUCUACCGUGCAGUUGUAUGGACUGCGUACGUACAUGUCCAGACAGUAAACCUUACGUUCCGGAUAUAUGCAGUGUUUUUACACUUAGUUGUGUUGGAUUUUCAAUCGGAAUAGUUUUCUUUGUUAUCACUGUGUUGAUAUUUAUUUUGAUAACCUAUUUGCAACUUAGAAAGCAGAAUAGAGAGCAUCCAGCUAAAGAAAGUACGUCUGGGCCGAAUAUGAUGACCAAAAUGUUUCAAAAACUAUUUGCAAAAAUUGGAGGGAUGUCCGCGAGCAAUCCUGUUUUAAUAAUAAUGAUUACAACUUGGGUAGUGUUUGGAAUGAUAUUUGGUGUACUGAAUCUGAAUUUGACUUCAAAUCCAAUAGAACUUUGGUCGGCACCAGAUUCCCGAAGUCGUCAGGAAUUGAAUUUUUUCAACGAAAGAUUUGGUCCAUUUUAUCGCACAGCGCAAGUUUUCUUAACUUUCCAUGCAGAUCCCUUCAAUAUUACUACUGAGGAUGGUGUGCAGUGGUACGGCCCUGCAUUUCACUUAGAAUCAAUAAAAGAAUUAGUUGAACUUGAAAAACAAAUAAUGGCCAUAGACAUUGAUGGACUUACUUUAGCUGACGUAUGUUAUGCUCCACUUCGAGGACGAGAUGCUCCUAAAGAUAUUAAUCUCUGUGUGUAUAUGUCUGCAACCUCUUAUUUAAGUAACACAGAUUCAAUUAAUAAUGCUACUUAUCUUAGCGAGAUUCAGAAUUGUAUAAACAAUCACUACGGGUUUGGUUGUUUAGCUGAUUGGGGUGGUGGAGCUGAUCCUGAUUUAGCUUUUGGGGGUUUCGAACGUGGUGAUAUUUUGAGUGCCAAUACUCUUCUUCUUAAUUUCCCGAUAACGAACCAUCUUUUGAGUGAAGAUCUAGAACCAGUGUUAAAAUGGGAGCAAAAGUUUUUAGACAUUUUACAUGAAUACAAAAGUAAUGUUGCUCCGGAGUUUGUUUCUGUGGCUUAUUCAGCAGAGAGAUCAAUAGAAGAUGAGAUUCAACGAGUUUCAGUAGCGGAAGCUAUACCAAUUACCAUAAGUUAUAUUCUCAUGUUUAUUUACGUGACAAUAUCUUUAGGAAAUGUAAGAUCUUGUAAAACUCGGUGUAUCGACAGCAAGGUAAUGGUGGCCAUGGGUAGUAUCGUUACUGUUGUCGUAGCAAUUGUGUGUGCGAUGGGUGUCAUGGGUUAUGCUGAGAUAACAUUAACACUGCUAGCGAUUAAUGUAAUCCCAUUCUUCAUAUUAUCUAUUGGAAUUGAUAAUGUCUUUCUUAUGGUAAAUACACUUCAUGAUAUACAAAGUAACUUAAAAUCAUUUGACGAUUACAAGGAAGACUGGAGUUUUGAAAAAAGGAGAAGGUAUGUCUUUGAAAAAAUGUUAGAAAGCGUCGGUCCUUCAAUGUUUGUGUCAUCAGUUACACAAAUUACUUGUUUUGCUAUCGGCAGUCUAGCUAACUUCCCUGCUGUGGUGACUUUUGCUAUAUUUGCAACAUUUUCUUUAGGAUUUCUAUUUGUUUUUCAAAUAACAACUAUCGUAGCAUUACUUUCUCUGGACUAUAAAAGAGCUUGUCAAAAUAGGUUUGACAUAUUCUGUUGUAUUCAGAAAAAAAUAUUGGAUGACGAAAAUCCUUUGCAUUCUGACACUCCUUAUAAAGGCGUAACCCAAAGACUGAUGGUGCCUUAUUCUAAAUUUAUACUUGACUGGCGCGUUAAAAUUGUAGUAGCUAUUUUAUUUAUGGCUUUGGUUUCUGUCAAUGUGAUGUUUGUUCCGGAAAUUGAAGUAGGUUUAGAUCAAGAAAUGGCGCUUCCCUCUGACUCAUACGUGUACCACUACUUGCAAGCUGUUGCUAACUACAUUCGGAUGGGACCACCAGUGUACUUUGUUGUUAAAGGCGGUUUGGAUUACACUAAUCAUAGUCAUCAAAACGUUAUUUGUGGAGGGCAAUUAUGCCACAAAGAUUCUCUGAACAUGCAAAUAUUCUUAGCCACCCUACAUAGUGAUAUUACAUAUAUUUCAAAACCUUCAAAUUCGUGGUUAGACGAUUUUAUUGAUUGGUCCGGUUUAUAUGGAGUUUGCUGUCAAUAUAAUACCACGAACCAAGCAUUCUGUGCCAGUGGUGAUAAUUCUCUGGAUUGCGCACACUGCAGUAUUCCACGGUCUGAAUACGGCAAUGGUCGGUUGAGGCCCGAAGCAGAGGCAUUCGAGAAAUAUAUUCCUUUCUUCUUGGAAGAUCCACCCACAGAGAUCUGCAAUAAAGCUGGUUUAGCUAGUUACUCAGCAGCAGUCAACUAUCUCCUUGAUUCGGAAGGUCGGGCAACUGUACAUGAUACGAAUUUUAUGGCUUAUCACUCACCUUUAAGUACUUCGACAGAUUAUAUUACUGCUGUUGAAAAUGGCUAUAGGGUCAGUGACGAGAUAAUGGCUGCCAUCAAAGAGCAUACAGGUCUCGAUAUAGAGGUGUUCCCAUAUUCUAUUUUCUAUGUUUUCUAUGAACAAUAUUUAACAAUGUGGGCUGAUACAUUUGUGGCCAUCGGGUAUUGCCUUCUGGGUGCUUUGUUUUUCAAUCUUGUAGCUUCUGGUUUCAACAUUUUAACAACGUUCGCUGUCAUUUUUAAUGUGAUUUUGGUGAUUGUAAAUAUGAUGGGAAUCAUGUACAUCUGGAAUAUACCUCUGAAUGCUGUGUCUUGUGUUAAUUUGAUUGUGUCUAUCGGUAUUGCCGUAGAGUUUUGUAGUCACAUUUCUUACGCUUAUUCUACGAGUCAACGUCAGGGUGACGAAAAAAUAGCUGAAGCCAUUCAGAAAGUAGGAGCCACAAUAAUUACUGGAAUUACGUUUACUAACAUUCCUAUAAUAGUGUUGGCGUUUUCGUAUACUGAGAUUAUUGAAGUGUUCUUCUUUAGGAUGUUCGUAAGCUUAGUUGUCCUUGGUUUCUUACACGGAAUGAUAUUCUUCCCAGUACUAUUGAGUUACUUGGACGGUUUAAGAAGGUAAAGACAUAUAUGUUGAAAAAUAAACUAGAUCUUGUAAUGCCAAUGUAAUUUAAUAAUAAAAUAGUACCAUACAAGACAAUACCUCAGAUGUACAUAUAUAAUAACUGAUAGAAUGUGUAUCUCAGUUAUCAAUGACAUGGAUGAUUGUAAUUUUAACUUAUGACUAGAAAGUUAAGUUGUAAAUAAAUAGUAUUAACAUUUCUUAA